CUCUGGUUUCGCUUUGCUGCCGUCACCACGCGAUUGCGCAGAAUGGUCAGUUUUAUUACUCUCGGCGCGAUGGGGACGACCCAAAGUGGGUUUUCGCGGGCGCCCCAAGCCUCGUCCAAAAGCCGUACGGAUGUCUGUUCCAGAAAUUUAUGCAAGAACCCGUAGCUUUGGCCGUCUCUUUAUUUUUCUGUGUCUGCUGCAUCGUCAAGAUACAAAUCUUCCCUUUGCUCCUUUGACCUUCGUCCCUUUCUCUCGGCCCCCGGUUGACCUUUUUGCGGAUCUAUUUUUUGGGUGGAUUUUUGGGCUGCACAGUUCCGUGCCCAUAGCGAGCAACGAAGCUUCGACGCCCCUUUCCUUACUCUGUCUGUGAGCUUGCUUCGACAUCUUCCGCCCUGUCUGUGUUCACUUAGCCUGGCUGAGAGGCUUUCGCUUCGCGUCCUGGGAACAAUCAUAAGCCGCCUGCCGCCCCCAAGACGUGGACGCGCUAUCAGCCAGCCGGGCCCCGUACCCAAGAACUCUUCAACUUCAGGACGCCGUGCUCGCUGAUUUCAGUUCUGUGUGGACGACACAAAACUCUGGAGAGCAUCAUAGUCAGAACGAGGAAGCUGGAAAACGAUAUCGAGACAGCACAGAAGCCUGAGGAGCAGCAUCUGGAAACUCGGCAAAAAGAACGACGUCACGUAUGUUGGCGACAUACUGUCGCCUGGUCUUAGCCGGUUCCAAAGAUGCGCAACAUACCGAUAAGCGUUCUCUUGACCUUUCCGGCCCCAAACUACACAGACCCUCAAACUCAGGGCAUGAGUCUAAUCGUCAUCAAUGCGGUUUUUGCCAGCCUUGUGGUCCUGGCCGUUGUUUUGAGGCUGUAUACGCGAACCUCGGUCAAGAGAUGGAUAGGUAGCGACGAUGUCGCCAUAGUUGUCGCCGCUAUCUUUACGUUGGCUUUCAAUGCCUCUGUAAUGCUUGCCAACGCAAGAUACUACUGGAAUCGGCACAUCUGGGACAUCCCACUUAACGGCGUCGCUUCCGUGGGAAAGAUUGCCAUAGCCGCAAAGUCGCUCUUCGUAUGCGCUUCUGUAACCACAAGGUUAUCACUGCUGUGCUUCUAUUACCGAUUGACGUCGGACACCGGCCUCGCGAAGUACAGGUGGGUCCUGCACAUAGCUAUGGCCUUCAACCUAGCCGUGUUCUGCACCUUCUUGCCUCUAAUCAUCUUUUUGUGCACGCCAGUAUCAGCUUACUGGUCGCUUUCAACGACGGGCAAGUGCUUAGACGAAGGAAAGACUACACUGGGAGCAGGAAUCGUCAACUGCUUUGCGGAUCUCUUGAUCACCGUGCUCCCUAUUCCUAUGAUUAUGCAGCUCAAGAUGCCACUGAAGCAGCGGCUCGGAGUGGCCAUACUCCUUGGACUGGGUCUGAUCGUCACCAUUGCUGGGAUCAUUAGGACAUACUACAUUUGGAAGGCGCUUAUGGACAGCUACGAUGAGACGUGGUAUGCCUAUCCGCUCUGGAUUUGUGCCGCCGUCGAGAUCGACCUCGCCGUGCUAUGUGCUUGUGCGCCAACCAUUCGCCCCCUGAUCGCCAUGUUCACGCGGCCCAUUAUCUCUGGAAUCACAACGAAGUACGGAAAGGGAAGUCGUUCAGGCCGCUCAACCGAUCUUGGAGCCCUCUCUUCCAGUGCUAGCAAUGCCUUGGCCAAUAACUCUGCAAACAACACGAACCUCGACCACGAACUUGAGAAAAUUGACGCCGUUGUCGACAUAGAACAAGACCCACAGGAUAGCGAAGCGGGCAUGCCAAAAAGGAAGUGGUCAAAGAGUUGGAAGAAGGGGGUCCCUGAGGACUCGGAGGGGCCAUCACAGCCUACUAAAUUGGUGAUAAUGGAGAGUCAGAGCUUUGAAGUGCGGCACGAGGCCAGAACAGAGUCGGUCGGACGGCCCUCGCAGGAGCGCUACAUUCGUCUGGACGACACUUCGCACGACCUGCACAACCAGUGGCUAGGUCGCAACCGGUCGCCAGCCGACAAGAAGCUCGGCCACAACCACAGCAUUUCGGGCUCGCGACCGAGGUCCGACGUGUCGGAACGAGCACCAAAAUCCAAACCGGGGACGCCAAAGUCGCCGUUCAAGUCGAGAUUCGACGCCGAGCCACGGCCCGGCCGAGAAGAGACCCAGUCGCCGGCCGACGACUCGUUCUACUUCUCGCAGGAAUCCGACGGCGACAACUCGACGCCGUCGUUGCGAAGCGUGGAGUGGCCGCUGCAGGGCGCCUCGACCAACUCGUCGAAGCAGCCGCUGGAGAACGGCGAGCGGAGAUGGGACAUAUCACGGAACCCGUUCCAGGACGCCCGACACUCUUGACCCUCGGGCGACGUCGGGAAACGACGGGGGCGGACUCUCUGGGACGAGAAGGCUCUCGGCGCAAACUGCAACAUUUAAGAGAAAAAAAAACCCGGCGCGCUGGCAUUUUCGCGCGGAGCAGGGCUGUGCAGAAGGGGCGCGUGGGAUUUUGCAACUGCGAAACGUUGCACGUGCCCGAGUUUCAUUUGCAGGAAUGAUGGGAACGAACGACGUGGGAACGGAAAGAAAAACACGACGAAAUGAUACCCUGUAGCAUUGAGGACAUGGACAUUAAUAGCAUACCAAUACCCUUUGAGAAAGAGAGAGAGAGAGAGAGAGAGAGAGAG